AUGGAGAAGGUGCUGUACAAGAAAGCGGUCGAGCUUCUGGAUGCCCCGACUGGCGACGAGUGGGCACUGGCGACCUACCUCAUCAUCGCCCAACGUUUCCAGUCGUCGACAUUGAUGGCACCUCUUGUGUCCUCCCCUUCCAAAGCUUGGUGGAGGCCCCAUCUCCACCACGGGUCUGCCCGGCGGUCCAUCCAUGAUCUGCUCGGUAAGCAGGGCUUCCGCAUCUUUGCCUACCUGGCCAUCCUCUACGAAAGUGGUGAAAGCUUGGAUGCCUUUGAGAUCAAGUUCAAUAAGCAGCGGGCAGGCCUUUACAAAUUCUACACCGUGAGAAGCGGAUGGGGAGCUGAACUCAACUUUGUUCUCCUGAAGGACGGUACCGAGGUGAAGGUUUGACGAGAUUGGGGAUGCCAAGAGCGAUGUAGGUGAAAUAUCACAUUGAUAGGUCGUGCUAUGAGAGAGAGAGGCCUCGACGUG